AAGUUAAUUUAAAAAGUGAUUUUGUCAAAGGUUUUCAAAACCCUCACACACUCUGUCGCUGCUUCUUCUCCUCAAAGCCGCUUUUCUGUUUUUCUUUCUUUCUUUAGAUUUCUAAGAACCCUAAUUCACCAACCGUAACCGACCCCUUUUGAUUUUCUUCACUGAUUUAUCAUAAAGUUUUGUUUUUUAACGUUUAGGUUAUUGUUUUCUCUUCUGGGUACCCUUUGGUUUUCGCUGAAAUGGUCCCUUCUUCAAGAACAGAAGGUGGAACUGGAACCCACUUGUUGUCUGCUAAAGUCCGUAAAACUAUUCAAUCUAUUAAGGAAAUCGUUGGGAAUCAUUCUGAUGCUGAUAUCUAUGUUGCCCUUAAGGAAACAAAUAUGGAUCCUAAUGAAACCACUCAGAAAUUGCUUAACCAAGAUCCAUUCCAUGAGGUGAAGAGAAGGAGAGACCGAAAGAAGGAGAAUCAGAAUGUUGGGAAUAGAGGUUCGGGUGAACCAAGGAGGCAUUCUGAGAAUGGUGGUCAAGGAAUGCAAUUCAACAACCCAUCUGAACAUAAUGUUGGGAACAAGGGUUCGGGUGAACCAAGAAGGCAUACUGAAAAUGGUGGUCAAGGAAUGCAUUUUCAUACUCCUGCUGAACAUAAUGUUCGAAGAACAAACUAUUCUCGGAAUUCUACACCUAGCUUCAGCAGAGAGUUUCGUGUUGUCAGAGACAACAGAGUAAACCAUAUAUAUAAAGAAGUAAAGCCUCCUUUGCUUCAACACUCAACAUCCACCACUGAGAAAUUACCUAUAAACACUUCUGAUAAGAGCUCGUCAGCAGCUUCUAACAAUCAAAAGUCAUCUGGUGCUAGAAAUCACCAGGCUCAUAAUGGUCCUUCUGUUUCACAUGCUAGACAGUCAAAAGAUGCUGCUACAAAUGUUGGUGGCAAAAAAACUACAUCUGAGGACAAGCAAGGCACCACGUCAAAUUCAUCAGCACGUGUGCAACCAACUAAGCCUAACAACAGCCAUCAUAGUUCUUCGACAGCGGCUUCAACCAGUUCUGUAGUGGGAGUAUAUUCCUCUUCAACAGAUCCAGUUCAUGUUCCCUCUCCUGACUCCAGAUCAUCGGGUGUUGUUGGAGCCAUUAGGCGUGAAGUUGGGGUUGUUGGUGUUCGCCGACAGUCUUCAUCUGACCACAAACCGAAACAAUUGUUUGCCUCUAGUAGUUCUCAUGCUAAUUCUGUUACUGGAAAAGAUGGUACAUCUGCUGAUUCACUUCAAUCAGUUGGUGCCGUCUCGAAGACUGAACAACUUAGUCAAACUGCUGUUACUGAGCCGUCAUUCCCCAGCAUGUCUGUCAGCAGACCGUCGUUGAACAAUCAGUAUAAUAAUAGGCCGCAUCAACAACUUGUCGGACAUCAGAGGGUCUCCCAGCAUAAUAAAGAGUGGAAGCCGAAAUCCAGCCAGAAGACAAACAGCAACGGUCCUGGAGUGAUUGGAACACCCAAAAAAUCUGUUUCGUCCCCAGCUGAAAAUUCUGAGGAUAUAGAAUCAGAUACAGCACAGCUUCAAGAUAAACGUUCACAACUUAAUGUAUAUGAGAACCAAAAUGUGAUCAUAGCACAACAUAUUCGUGUUCCAGAGAUCGAUCGCCGCCGGCUGACCUUUGGUACCAUUGGUGUUGGGACAGAACUUGAUUCUUUGAGGCAUCAAUCUCAAUAUCAAUUAAUAGGAGCGACUGAAAAGUCCAAUGGCGAAGCGACUACGAGCUUGACAGUACCUGCUUCAGAGUUGUCCACUGAUGAUGUUUCUGGGAGCAAGCCGGUGGAUUUACGGGAUGACCACAUCAGAAGUACCGAGUCUGAUUCUCCAGCAUCUGGUUCUGCUUCUGAGCAACAGUUGCCUGAUAACAAAGAAUCUUCAAGCCCUGAGAAUCUGGAAAAUUAUGCCAAUAUUCGAUUGGUAAGUGAUGCAAGUCCGCCCUAUGCACCUUCAGUGGCACAACAGCAAGAUUCUCGUGAUAUGCCUGGCUUCUCGGCUUACGACCCUCCCUCUGGUUAUGAUAUUCCUUAUUUCAGACCUUCCAUGGAUGAAACUGUACGAGGACAGGUUCUUUCACCACCUCAGGAGGUUAUGAACUCGCAUGCUGCCAACGGUGUUCCGACAUCCACAAUUUCCAUGGUGCAACAACAGCAACCUCCCGUCGCCCAAAUGUAUCCACAAGUUCACCUUUCACAUUACGCUAACCUUAUGCCCUAUCGCCAGUUUCUGUCACCAGUCUACGUACCACCAAUGGCCGUGCCUGGAUACUCAAACAAUCCUCCCUAUCCUCAUCCGACAAACGGCAACAGUUAUGUGUUGAUGCCUGGAGGUGGUUCCCAUCUUAACGCCAACAGCCUUAAAUACGGAGUUCAGCAGUUCAAGCCUGUUCCUGCUGGAAGUCCUACUGGGUUUGGAAACUUUGCCAAUCCAACUGCCUAUGCUAUGUUAGCUCCAGGUGUGGUUGGCGGUGCAUCGGCUUUAGAAGAUUCAUCUCGAGUCAAGUACAAAGAUAAUCUUUAUGUUCCAAAUCCUCAGGGUGAGACAUCAGAAAUAUGGUUACAGAAUCCAAGGGAUCUUCCUGGCAUGCAAUCUACUCAAUAUUACAACUUGCCCGGACAAUCGCCUCACGCCGCUCCGUUCAUGCCAUCACACACCGGUCACACAUCUUUCAACGUAGCUGCAGCUCAAUCUUCUCACAUGCAGUUCCCUGGUAUGUAUCAACAUCCUUCACAACAAGCUCCUAUGGCUAGUCCUCAUCAUUUAGGACCGGCAAUGGGCAAUAACGUCGGUGUCGGAGUUGCUGCAGCUGCUGCUGGAGCACAGGUUGGUGCAUAUCAGCAACCUCAAUUAGGUCACCUCAAUUGGACAACAAAUUUCUAAAGCGAGGGGGUGUUAAAAGAAAAAAAGCUGAAUUUUAUUAACCCAUUUGUGUACUAGGGACAGAGGUAGAUAUAAGAGAAACCGCAGUUUUUUUAAAUGUGAAAUGAAUAUCUUAUCUUUUUAUUUUUAUUUAUUUUUAUCACAAA